GUGCACCUGUGGCCAGUUACAUUCAUCGGAGAGCGGAGUUCUAGCAGUCUCGUCUCGCUGUCGCGUCUCUGGCAGCUCCGUGAGGUUCUUACAAUCGCUGGCGUUCCUCUGUCAACAUCCCUUGUUAGUGGUCUAUAACUCAACUCAUCAAUAGUUCUGUGUGGUGAAAUAUAUGUGAAGUGAAGUGAGUGUUUUCAAAUUACGUCGCAUUCUGUUUAUAUGCAGAACAUAUUCAAAAUCGUAUCAAACAUUCUGAGUAAAUUUUCAGUUUUAAACCCAUUUUACGUUUUCUACGUAACAAAAAUUUAAAUUGUCUCUUUUUGUUUGGUAGUUUGUAAUUAAUUAAAGUAAACACAGUUCUUUAUCUGUUUUUUUUUAUAUACAUAGCUUAAAAUCAUUAAUGCCAGAUAACUUAUACAAGAAUGUUUCAGAUGAGAAGACAUAACCACAGAUAAAAUAUGCAGAGUCCUUUUCUUGUAAAAAAUAAUAUAUCAUUCCACACUUGUGUUUUAAAAGACUGAUGUUACCUCUGAUAUUAAAUAUAAAGUGAUGGAAUUUUUUAAAGUUAUCAGUUGUCAAGCCGCAGAACUAGUAUUUUUGUUCGUUUUUGUUGUCAUGAUGGCAUGUUUUAUCCUGUUGCUACUCUGAAUAUUGAGAUCCUCUCUUACCAAACCAUUCCAAGGUGGAUCGUGUUUCAACAAAGGUGCCAAUGAAAGAAAUGAAGACACUUACUGAGACAGGCUGGUUCUUUGCCAACGCUAACUUUGAAUGUGCUUGUAAACAUCAUUAACUAUUUAAAAAUAGCAUUUCUAAUAUAAUAUUUAGAACAAUGCAAAAUAAAACUGUCAACUGUUCUUUUAAUUGCAUUUAAUUGAAAAAAUUAAGUAAAAAGGCUGUAGUAAAACUGUCUAUAUGCAAACAACCGAAUCACCCCAUCAACAAGGUGGCAUGAAAGAAACUGUUUUUAAAUAACCAAAUCAAAUGCCAAAAAAUUAAUCCUACUAUAAAUCAGAUCAUUUUAUGAGGGAUAUCAAAUGUGACAUUAGUGGUCCAAAAUGUGGGUCUCUUUCCUUAGCAAUGUUAUAUUAUUAUUAUUUCUCCUCUUUGAAACAAGUUGUGUUGAAGGUCUCAUGUUUAAUUUGAUUGACAAAAAUGUAUCAAACACACUUGACAACUUGUUGCUGCCAACAAGGUACAACAAAAAAGUCCGCCCAGAGAUUGGAGGUCCCGCAACCAAAGUGAUGGUUAACAUGUACAUCAAGAGUAUUGGACCAGUGUCAGAAACAGAAGGGAGUUACAGAGCUACACAAUGGACGUUUACUUCAGACAGCAAUGGUUCGACAAGCGACUCAGUUUCUACUUGCCUGGACUGGAGGAACUGACCAUGUCUUGGCUUUUCCUGGAGAAGAUUUGGAAACCUGACACGUUCUUCUUGAAUGGCAAGGCAUCUCACCUCCACCGCAUCACUUCACCCAACAAAUUCCUGCGUCUGCGACAGGAUGGUCUGAUGACGUAUUCCAUGCGGCUGACUCUGACUGCCUCAUGUGCCAUGCAAUUUCACAAAUUCCCUAUGGACUCACAGAGAUGUCCACUGAUCAUUGGAAGUUAUGGUUAUUCAAAACGGGACAUUCUGUAUGAGUGGACCCCAGAUGGAGUGGGCCUGGAGCCUGGAGUGGAACUAGCUCAAUAUGAUCUGGUCAAUAUUUCUACAAAAAACAAACAGAUUGUCAUCAGGGAAAAUGAAGAGUUCUCGAUGGUACAGGGCACACUCACCCUCCGCAGAAAUCUGGGCUACUUCAUCUUGCAGAUGUAUGUCCCUCUGAGUCUGAUUGUCUGCUGCUCUUGGGUCUCCUUCUGGAUUGAUCCUAAGGCUGUUCCUGCUCGAGUACAGUUGGGAGUGACCACUGUGCUAUCAAUAACUACAAUGGGAUUUGCUGGUCGAGCUGCCCUACCCAAAGUGUCUUACCCUACAGCCCUUGACUGGUUUAUCAUCGUGUGUUUCGCUUUUGCAUUUGGCGUGAUUGUUGAAUACGCAUACAUAAACUUCAUAGACAAGAUCACUGCAGAUAUCAAAAAAGUACUGGAAGAAAGAAAAAAGAAUAAGGAAUUAGAAGAGAAGAAAAAAGAUGGAAAGCGAGGGUCAAAGGAAUCUCUGAUGAAUCCAGCAUCUUCACAAGACCCCGUCACCAAAUCCUCUGAUUUGAAUAUGUCCAGUCCAUCUACCUCCAGAAGACCAUGUGUCCCACGAAUACAACUCACUUACGAAUCGGACGAAUUUGAAGAUAUAGAUGCUGAUGAGGACAGUGUAAGAAAGAAGAAGAAGACCAAACACCGAAGUACACUGAGGAAGAGAAGAACAGCAUCACUACCUGUACUCAACAGACAAAGCUCUCUGUCGUCUGAGGAGUCAGAGAAACUGGCCAAGAUAUGUUUCCAUGACAAACGUGAAGCGAUGACAGUCUUCAGUAAAAUCUUAAAUCUUGAAUAUUCCAAUUCUGAGGCAACGGACUCAGAUAAGAUGGGGCCAGUCAUUAGAAUUAGGAGAGAUGGUCCUUUGAGAAGGUCAAUGAGAAUUCCUGUUAGACUACUUAAUAAAAUUAAGAUUCUUCCAACAGAAGCUGAAAUAGAGAACCAACCAGAACCAGAAUUGUUUACAAAGCUUGACAUUGCCUCAAGGUUAGUUUUCCCUCUGGCUUAUGUUUGUGUUAUGACCAUGUAUUCUUUGUACUUUGCAUAUUAUUUGUCAAAUGAAUGGGAGAAAGAUGAGCUGUAAAAUGAUCCUAGAUUUGGGAAUUUUCAAUGAUAAGAUGCUGACUCAAAGGGGAAAUAUAUUUCUGUUAAAAAUAAAAAACUUAUUUAGUAUAUUAAUCCCUUCUAA